UCAAAAUAAUGUGUGUCCUUUUCUUGUUUUCUAAACGUAUAAAAUACUUCUGAAUUAAUUUAUGUUUUUUUGCAAAAUAAAAUAAUACUUAUUUCAAUAUGGAAUCAUCCACUGAUAAUACAGAAAAUUCCAAAGUCAAAGAAGCCACAACAUCCACCGUUCCAGAGUCUAAAGAAAAAGAAAACUCCCCUCGUAAAGGCGGCCAUCGAAAGCGAAAACGAAAAUUCCUCAAUGCAAUUCGUGAACAAAUGGAAUUUUAUUUUGGCGAUGCAAAUCUAUCCAAAGAUAGAUUUUUAAUGCAACUAAUUAGCCAAGAUCCUUUUGUUCCGCUUGAAGUGUUUUUGACUUUCAACAAAUUGAAAAACCUCACUACUUCGACAGCGGACAUUGUCAAAUCUCUGUCCAAUUCGAAGCUCCUUGAACUGGAUUCGGAUCAACAGAAAGUUCGCCGAAAGACUGCACUGCCCGUUGACCGGGAUGUCGACCACAAGACAUUGUAUGUGGAGUCCCUACCGCCAACUGCUGACCACGACUGGGUGAAGAAUAUGUUCUCUCGGUUUGGAACGGUGGCAUAUGUAUCCCUGCCAAGGUACAGCAAAUCGAAGAAGAUCAAAGAAUUCGGAUUUAUUGAAUUCGAGGAGGAAUCAAGUGUGGAAAAGGCAGUUAAGGCGUUCCAACAAUUCAAUGGUGUCCUUUGCAUGGAGACUGCGGAUCCCGCUGAACUUACAAGUGUCAAGUCUUUCAUUCGUGAACAAAACCAAGAAAAGGAUGAGCAAGUAGGAAAAAAGGCAAAAAAACGAAGAAAUUCCAGUGAAUCGGGCAGCCAAUCCGACACGAAACGUACAAAGCUGGAGUCAUCUCAAGAUGGAGCCACCUCAACUGCUGCCGAAACUGAUGAUCCCACAGAAAAUAACGAAACGGAAGACGGUUCAAAACGCCGCAUACGAAAACACAAGAAAAAGAAAAGGAAGCAAAACCUUAACGAAGACGGUGGCGAAGCAAAUCCCGACGCUGAUUUCGUUGAGAUUCGUGUUCUACCCAAAAAGGAUUGGAAACGUUUGCGAAACAAAUACCUCAACAUGCAACGCGAAAAGACCGCCGAACUGAAGCGAAUGGCAUGGAAGAAUUCCCAAAACGAAAUGUACACAACAAAACCCGUCGAAAAGCCUACCAAGAAGCUCGAGAAAAUGAACAUGAACUUCUACGGGGCUGGUAACGAGAACGACGAGAAUCAAGCGGCCAAAUUCAACGAUCGCUCCAAUGAUCCACCAAAACUCAAUCCAGCCGAGGAGAAGGCGCCCUUAUUCUCCUAUGAACCGGGCUUGAUAGUUGAGGUUGGCUUUCUGGCGCCUUGUGUGACAUUGAAGGAAUUCAAGGCAGACAUGCGUCAAUAUGAGACGGUUAAGUAUGUGGAUAUCAAGGAGGGAGCUAUGUCAGCGUUUCUACGCUUAGAUUCUCCUCAAUCAGCAGUUAAUUUUGUGAAGCAGAUCUCUUGUGCUGAAUACAAUUGUAAAGUGUUGAGUGGUGAUACGGAAACAGAGUAUUGGGAGAAGAUCAAAGAAGAUCGCGAAGCAAAGUUGAAUAAGAAGGUGAAAAAGCCAAAGAAGCGAGGUCGGGAAAAGAUGCAGAAGGUCAUAAUGAAACAUAUACGCUUUGGCGACGAUGAUACUGAUUGAAUUUCUAGGAAAUUGAAUUAAAUUGAUAAAUGGAAUACAAUUGAAUUAAGGAUAAAAAUAAAUAAUAGAUUUAUUGGUAAAAAAAAAA